CCAGGUCACAGGAGGAAAAGGAGGAGCUGGACCCGGAGACCGAAGAGAAGAAAAGGGGAAGACCACGGCCGGAGAUAAAGGCCCAGAGGAGGCAGACGCCCAGAAGUCGGUAGUACCCGAGAGCCCCGACCCAGCCAAGUCUCCCAGGGAGCCUGGGGGACACAGCGCGGAGGAGAGCGCACGAGCCGCCUGGAGUGCACCAUGCGCGGGUCCCCGGCUGCCGGGCCCGUCUACACCGCCGCCUGGGUGGCGUGGUCCAGGCGGGUCCGCGGCUGCCCCGUCGGGGAGGCGGGCGUUGGGCCAGGGGCACGCGGGGCCGGAGACUGCGGCGAGCCCGAGGCUGCGGCGACGUUUCCACUCUGCGUGCUGCGCGGGCCCCCGGACGCGGGAGCCGCCCACUGCCCCCCCGCGCUGGGCGCCCGCCGGGUAUAUAACGCGCCCCUGCAGGGCCUGACCCAGGCCGCUAGCCACGCAGUGCGCGCCCGGGUGUGCUGCCCAGCAACUGAGAGCCAGCCCGCCGCCCCCUGCGCCGCUGCCGCCUCCCCGACGGGCGCCCCCUGCCGCGGCCGGAGCUGCCCCGCCUCCGAGGCCACCAUGAAGAAGGAGGUGUGCUCCGUGGCUUUCUUCAAGGCCGUGUUCGCCGAGUUCCUGGCCACUCUCGUCUUCGUCUUCUUAGGCCUCGGCUCGGCCCUCAAGUGGCCGUCGGCGCUGCCCUCCAUCCUGCAGAUCUCGCUGGCCUUUGGCCUGGCCAUAGGCACCCUGGUCCAGGCCCUGGGGCCCGUGAGCGGAGGCCACAUGAACCCCGCCAUCACACUGGCCCUCUUUGUGGGCAAUCAGAUCUCCCUGCUCCGGACUGUCUUCUACGUGGUGGCCCAGCUGAUGGGCGCCAUUACUGGGGCGGGCAUCCUCUAUGGGCUGGCACCGCUCAAUGCCCGGGGCAAUCUGGCAGUCAACGCGCUCAACAACAACACGACGCCAGGCCAGGCCAUGGUGGUGGAGCUGAUCCUGACCUUCCAGCUGGCGCUCUGCAUCUUCUCCUCCACUGACUCCCGCCGCACCAGCCCUGUGGGCUCCCCAGCCCUGUCCGUCGGCCUGUCCGUCACACUGGGCCACCUCGUGGGGAUCUACUUCACCGGCUGCUCCAUGAACCCAGCCCGCUCUUUGGGCCCCGCCGUGGUCAUGAGGCGGUUCAACUCCGCGCACUGGGUCUUCUGGGUGGGGCCCAUCCUGGGGGCAGCCCUGGCUGCCAUCCUCUACUUCUACCUGCUCUUCCCCAACUCCCUGAGCCUGAGUGAUCGUGUGGCCGUCAUCAAGGGCACCUACGAGCCUGAGGAGGAUUGGGAGGAGCAGCGGGAGGAGCGGAAGAAGACCAUGGAGCUGACCGCUCACUGACAGUGUCAGGCUGGGGCCAGCUCCUCAGCUCCCGAACCGCACGGGAAAAAAGAAAAAAAUAUGACAGCAAAGCUUCCUUCCCCCACAGCGGGGUCCUCUGGGCCGGGGAGGAGGUGCUGGUUCCCCAGGCUGCACAGUUAGAGAUGGGAGCAGGAACCCAUGAUGGGACUCUUGGGGUGGGAGCCAGGGGCUGGGCCCUGGUGGGGAGGGGGUCUCUCUGGGACAGGGCAGACUGUUGCCCUGAGGUCAGACCUCAGAGAUUGUGAACCCAAGCCGGGAAGGAGUGGCCUGCAGCCUGAAUCCCCCAACCCUUCCCAGUCCCUCCUCAAGAUCCAAAGGGAUCCCAGCCCCUAAGACAGGAGAGGCUGACCCUCCCUAGAGCUCCUUAGGAGGGAGACUGGUUCAUUAACUGCUGCCUUAUUUAUUUCUGGUCAAGGAUGCUUGGAGUAGGGCUGCUGGUGUUUGGGGUGGAGGCUUACCCAAUAAACCACUGACAUUCA